AGUCUUUUCUAACUAAAAUUAAAAGGUGAAGCUGUUUUUGGUGUCUAAUGAUUCCCACAAACACCUCUCCCCUCUCUCUUGUUUUUGUCUGAGACGAAGAACACCCUCAAUGCAGCCUCAUUUAUCGUGUUCAAUUCCUGCCAACCCUACUGCAAUCCAACAGUUCCAUCAGAGAAAAGUAGACUCUUGCAAAUAAAUCCAAUUAACUUCUUAUCUUCAACUCCAUUAACAAUAGGGUCCCGUUGUGGCCGUAUCACGGCUUUAUUAUUACAGAACUAUUUAAAAUGCAUUAAUACUCUAGUUUAUUUUCACCCUCCACUUUCGUUUAUUAUCUUCUUUCGUUUACCCAUUGAUGCUUUCGUUUUUUUUCUGGAGAAUAAAUAACAAAAAUAAGCGCCGUAGCUUCUACUUUUUUGUUGAAAUCGAAAGUUAAUCACAGUUAAUUCCGAUUGUCGUCCAUUUUAAAGGGCUUUUAUCUUCACAAUCUGAAAAGAAGAUGCAGUCACACGUUAAUAUGGAUUUGUCAUAGCCAUAGCCAAGCACUUCCCACCAAUUAGGUGAAAUAGUUCGUCGAUUAACUGUUCUGCCUUUUACCCGAAUUUCAUCGAUUUGUAUCGCAAAUGGUUAGAAGUGAGGUUAGUUUCCCGGCAGUGUUUUACGGUAGUCAUCGUUUACAGCAUUUUAAGUAGCUGCAUAAAAUCAUCGGGUGUUUUUGGUAUAAUUUUCGAUGAAGCCGUCUAAUCAUUUUCCUAUUUCUCCCCUCAUUGCGGAAACGAGGUCUAAUAAGGUUUAUUUGUGUCGUAAAUUAGCUCCUGUGUCGGGUGAAACCACAACAAAAACAUUUCAGGGCUUUUAUUUAUUGCUUGUUGGCCAACAUUGUGAAAGCACUCAAUUGUUUUCCUCUCCUAGCUAAACUAUACUCCAACAAAGGAGCAAGUUUUCAAAACUGCUUUUACGCUUUAUUAGUUUUCCUCGAGCCCCGACUUCGAAAUUGAUCGGAGACCAUACGCAGCACUAAUACACACCACAUCUGACUGACUCCAUUAGCUGCUUCUUCUUCUGCUCCCACUUCGACUUCGCCCGCUGAAUAAUUCACUAAGGGCCCGCAUCAACAGCUUUCACCUCCAAGUGACCUUCAUCUCUAUAGUGGACCAUGUCGUUCGGCACCAGUUCAACCCAUAGUCUCGUGGUCUUCACCCAAAAACAGGGCAGAAUCGACAUGUUCGAUGCGGGGAUUCCCUUCAAAAUCCCAGACGUGAGUCCUUCGCGCCAACGCAACUACGUCAGUCCCCCCUCCCUCUCUCCGUUCCCCUCCCCCUCGGGAUCGACAGGCGUGAACGAGAGCAGCAACCAACUGUACCCAGGCACAGACAAGCGGCCAUCCACCCAGCUGUCCUCAAGCAAUCUUCUAUCCCCCAUCAACCCCCUGCCCCUCACACGCAGAGUAUCAGCUGCCGGCGACUUCUACAUUCCGGGAGAGCAGACGCCGAUUGGGAAAGUGAACCCAGAGUUGUAUCAGAACGAGCAUGAUGACGACUGGUCUGGAGACUCCGGGGCCGGUGGGGCCUCAGGAGGCAACAGCUGUUUCUUCUCCUCCGCCUCCUCCUCCUCCCAACACCUGGGCAGACUCUGGUUCACCGUGGAAUACUCCGAGGAUCAACAACUUCUGUCAGUCACAGUACUCAAGGCAUUCAGCAAGUACAACAGGAACCCUCCUUCUAGCUAUGACACAUUUGUGAGGGUGUAUCUCCUACCUGAUGAGAUUUGCUUCCACAAAACAAAGACCCUGAAGAAGACGGCCAUGCCAUCAUUCGAUGAAACAUUCUCAUUCAAGGUUGAGAAGGACAGUCUGAGCAAGCAUCAGGUGAAGUUUGUGAUGUUGGAAGUGGACAGGACCCGGAAGAGAUUCAUGACGUCAUUCACAUUAUUUUCCCUCAAGGAGUUCGACGCCAAACAAGCCAAGAAGACUUGGCAGAACCUCAAGCCAUCUGUCACGAUGGACAAGUUUGGGGCUGAGAUGCAGUUGUCGAUCUGCCACGAGAAGAACUUCAACAAACUCAAUGUCACCAUAAUGGACGUCAGGGGAGUGUUCCUACCCAGCCUCAGACUCGGGUUCUACACUGAACACAAACAGUCUCUGCUCACAUGCUACGUGCGAGUAACUCUGAAGAAAGGAGACAAAGACCUGAAGACUAAGAGCACGAAGGCGGUGUCAGUGAGUGACUCAACUACCCUGGUCAAGAUCAACCAGCAGAUCCAGUUCACAGUAAAGAAGGAGAACGAACUGUUGUCCAGCACAUGGCUGCUCGUGGAACUAUUCGUACGAACACCGUCACUAAAAGAAGAGUUGGUGGGUGAAGUGUCGAUUGGACCUGGCAGCUUCGCCAAUGGGAGCAGGGUGGAGCAGUGGUUGAACGUAUGUGAUCAACCGAAUCACCAAAUACGCAUGUGGCACAAACUAGACUACUUCCCCACAAAAACACAAUGAUUCCAUAUUCACUCAUGAAUAGAAAAGUGGAGGGUGAAUGUGCUAGGUAGCUUUCAAAAAUGCCCUGUCCUACUCCAUUAUUUAACUUCGUACAAUUUAA